GGGCGUGUCCCGGCGGCGCGGUGGGCGGAGCUGGGCCCGCCCCGGCGGCCGCUCAGUGCCCGGGCAGCGGCGGCAGCCGCAGGAGCGGGAGGCGGCGGUGGCGGAGCAGCUCCCGGUUCUCGUUCUUUUCUCUCCUCUCUCCUCAGCUCCCUGCCCGCCGCCCCGGUAGCGGCUCGCCUGCUCCGCGGCGGCCGUUAAACCGCCGCUUCCGGCCGCAGCAAGCCCGCCCGCCGCCGCCGCCGCCGUUCCCCGCUCACCUUCCCCUCAGGGGCGGCCGCCGGGCGAUGAACUCGCUUCUUUUCGGGGAGAUGGCCCGCGCCUUCGCCCCCGGCGCGGCGGCCGCCUCCUGCCCGCUGGGGCCCGGCGCCGGCAGCGGGGCGGGGGCGGCGGCGGGGGCUGGGGGGGGCCCGCCGGUAACGGCGGCGCUUCGGAACGACCUGGGCUCCAACAUCCACCUGCUGAAGGGGCUGAACGUGCGGUUCCGCUGCUUCCUGGCCAAGGUCCACGAGCUGGAGCGGCGCAACCGGCUGCUGGAGAAGCAGCUGGCGGCCCAGCAGAGCGAGCGCGACCGCCGCCUGCGCUACAAGACCUUCUCCCGAGACCAGGCCGUGCAAACCGACGCCGGGCCCCCCCCCCCGCCGCUGCUGCUGCCGCCGGGCCCCGGCCACGGCCCGGCCGCCGCUCCCCUCGCCUCCCCGCCCCACUACAGCCGCUUGCCCGGCACCAUCUGGAGCUACACCCAGGUGCGGCGGACCGGGGGCGGCGCCUUGGAGACGGUGCAGGGGCCCGGCGUCUCUUGGAUCCAUCCGGACGGCGUCGGGGUACAGAUCGACACCAUCACCCCCGAGAUCCGCGCCCUCUACAACGUGCUGGCCAAAGUCAAGCGGGAGCGGGACGAGUACAAGAGAAAAUGGGAAGAAGAACUGACAAGAAGAAUGAGUCUGGAAUCUAUGGUAGAAACCUUGCGAGAGGAGGCGCAGGAAGCGGAAGCUCUCCAGGAGGAGUUAAAUGAAAAGAUUGAGAGACUGAAAGCAGAACUUGUGGUCUUUAAGGGUCUGAUGAGUGAUCCCAUGACAGACCUGGACACAAAGAUUCAAGAAAAGGCCAUGAAGGUGGACAUGGACAUCUGUCGGCGAAUCGAUAUCACAGCCAAGCUGUGUGAUGUAGCGCAGCAGCGCAACUCUGAAGACGUUUCCAAGAUAUUCCAGGUGGCGUCCAAGAAGAAGGAACGCAAGCUCCCAUCUGACGAUGACCUCUCUGAACAGGACGGAGACAAUGGCAGGUUCUCUGAUGAUGAGGUCAGCUGUUCGCUGAACAUCACAGAUGAAAUGAAGCGUAUGUUUAAUCAGCUUCGUGAAACAUUUGAUUUUGAUGAUGACUGUGAUAGUUUAACAUGGGAGGAGAAUGAGGAAACGUUGCUUCUUUGGGAAGACUUCACAAACUGCAAUCCUUCAAUUGACCUCCAAGGAGAGGAAGAAAACCUGGGAAACUUGAUUCACGAAACAGAGUCUUUCUUUAAAACGAGAGACAAGGAAUACCAAGAAACAAUAGGGCAGAUAGAGCUGGAAUUGGCCACAGCCAAGAGUGACAUGAAUCGCCACCUUCAUGAAUAUAUGGAAAUGUGUAGUAUGAAAAGGGGCCUGGAUGUACAGAUGGAAACCUGUCGUAGGCUUAUCAAAGGCUCAGCUGACAGAAAUUCUCCAUCUCCCAGCUCUGUAGCCAGCAGCGACUCAGGAAAUACAGAUGAAAUUCAGGACGAGUUGGACAGAGAGACGGAUGUGGAGCCCAUGGUCAGCUGAUACGUAGUUGGAGCAUUCUGGUGAAAGGGAAGAUUCAAGAAAAGAUUAAAAAACAAUACACUGAUGGGGGGAAAAAAGAAAGACUUGUAAGCCCUUGCACAGGGUUUCUAAGGACUCAUUCCUACACGCAUCCCCACCCCACCCAAGGAUUGGUGCUGUAAAUUUCUAUUGUUAUACAAAUCAUAAAUGCAGAGUCCUGUAAGAAAACACGGUUUUAAUUGUGCCUUUGCCCCAAGCUGAGCCACUUUGAGCUCCAGUGGAAUAUUAAUAGCAGGUGUUUUUAUAAAAAAUAUUAUUUAAAAAAAAUCUGGUAGCAGCAGAGAAUGGUGCUGCAAAGGCUCUGGGUAUUUCAAUAAGCUUAUGGUUUUAUUGAACUGCUGCACUGAUUGGCAAAGGGAAUGCUGGCAAACUGAGAAGCAAACCCAAGGCAAUUAUGGUACAAUUACCAAUGUCUGGCACAAAAAACAAUGCCUCCAAAUUGAACUGUAAACAUUUAAAAAUAAUAGCGGGUUUAGAGACAGCUUUUAGGAUUAAGCAGUUAUACAAUAUUAAAAGGAAUUUCUUCCUUCCAUCUUUCUGGGUGAAGGAGCCUUUGAGAUUUCUAUGAGCUUUCUGCUAGACUCCAGAAUCUGAAGAAGCAGGUCUCAGCUCGGUGGCAAAGCAGGUGGAUAAAGGAGGGUUCAGUGGGGUGGGACUAUCACUGAUAAACUACUAUGCAAAAAAAAAAAAAAAGCUCGCCUUAUUUAUAUGGAAUGUUUGGUCCCUGCUGGGCUACAGUUAUCUCUUGGGGAAAGGAAAGCUAAAAACACAUUUGCACAUGUUAGUUAUCUGUAGAGCUUCUUUUGAGGAAGAAUGUCUGUAUUACAAUGCCUUUGUUUCCAGUGAUUGGAUUAAGAGGGGAAUCGGCCCUUCAGUUCCCAUGUUUUGUGGUUUCUUUUUUUCCCAGGAUUUUUUUUUUUAAACCAUAGUGUUUGCAGAUUUUAUUUUGCUGACAGGGAGAUAACUCCAUUUUAUGCUGCUUUCAUGAUGUUUAGAGUGGAAUAGUUGAAGCAUCAGAAUAUACUGACAUGUGGUGGUAUAGAUGUAGGCUUGAGACAUGACACUGGGAGAGUUCCAGACCACUGUUCUUCAGAACAGCUGAACAUUGGAAAAUACUGUAAUCUUUUUUAGGGCGUAGUAAAAUAAAUCCCAAACUGCUGCCCUAGAAUUAGGGAAGAACAGCCAUGUGCUUUCUCUGUGAGAAAGUGAGAAGACCUAGGCUUUGUCAAUCUUUCUGUAUUUUUACACAGGAGAAAGCAGGAUCAAAAGUCAGAUCACUUGGUGGUAUUUGAGGAAACUCUGGCAUCAUCAAGCUGUUCAUGAUUAUUAAUGGGAAUUGUAGCACCUCAGCCAGGUAAAAACAGGGUAUAAACCUCAGCCAAUAAUUUUUUGUUUGUUUGUUUUUUUUGACCAAGAUUGAAAGUGUUGUUAAUACUGCCUAAAGGUAACUGUGUAGUUAACUAGCAGUUGCAAGACUUGGAGUAAAUACCAAAUGUAUUUUUUUUUCCUGCCAGGAAGCUUAGAAACUGCUAUGUAGGAGCAGUGCUAGGACUGGGCAGUGAAAUACCUGAUUUAAGCACCCUCUCAGUGUUAUGUAUAGGUAAGCUGGCCAAUCUUUUUAGCUUCCUGAGUAUUGUUUCCAAGCCUCUCUUGUGUAUUGAUCUGAUAUCAGUGGGGUUGCACUGUAAGCAUACAGCCAGUAUAGAUCAGUGUUGCUUUCUUCCAAAAAGAGCACAAUUGUCUCAGCAAAUGGCGUGUUCCUGGGCAGAAAUGCCUCUCCGUCUUGUGCAGCUACGCAGAGGGGCAGGACCUCAGAGGGCUCCUGCUCACACCGUAACUCUGGGUACAGUAAUCUCUUCUCAGUUCGAGUUUCCUGUGUUGCUGCCUGGAGUCUCAUCGCUGUUCAGGUCCAUCUCCUGCUUGGACAUGAUGGUGCUUUUAGGCCACGCGAAUCAAACGGGCUCCCUGUGUUUUACAGAGUGGGGAGGGGUACCGGGCUGAUCCCUCUGGAUCCACAAUGUGGAGGUCACGAUCCACAAUCGGUGGCUUCUGCCCAAGAAAACAGAUCCAGGGAUAUUCUUGUGGUUUCCUCGCUGAUUGAAAUACUCAGUGCAGUUAUUCACAGAGUAGCUAGCAACUUCUUGGUUCCUGUGGUGGGGGUUAGGGGCUUUUUCAAAGCCUGUUUCAUCAUGUAAAUGUAGAUAACUUUUCUCUGGAAAAGAAACCUUAUUCCAAAGUGCUCAUUCCUAUUAUUUCUUAGGUGGCCAAAGUGGUUAAAGUCAUGUUCACUAGGGCUGCAAGUUGGGGGGGGUGGGGGUGGGAGCAAGAGAUGUGAUAUUUUUUUGAGGGGGCUGGGACUGCAUGUUUUCAAUAAAGUACUCUUAAGGUUUUCAAGCCUGUAUGAACUUCAGCUGCUAAUACGUGGUUUCUCACGAGGCUGAGAAACCAUCUGCCAAAGCUGAAUGUCUGUAAUGCUUUAGUGACUUUGGUGGAGGCAUUGUUAAACAAUCUACUUGCACAGGGAGCCGGCCUCGUCAGAGGCUGCCGUUCAGCUCUCCUCAAUUAUGAAAUGCUCUUUGGUACUGGAGAAACUGAGCAAUUUUAACAGCCGUCCAGCUUAGCUGCUGUUUUGUUUUGUUUUUCUUUAAAACUCAGUGUCCUAGUAGGAAAAAGGCUGAGUGUUCUUGAAGCUAGUAGCUGGUAUGUUGAGGAUAGGACAGAAUAUCCUCAGUUUGACAGUGAGAGCCAAGUGAAGAAGCAGAAAUUCAGCUGUCAAAACAAGCUAGCUGUAACCUACAGUUUGUCAUAGCCAUAAUUGAGGAGCAUCUGUAAUAGGGUUGUAUUUGUUGAUAAGUAUAAGGGAUGUGGGGCUAUAGUAGAGGGCAUAGAAAUAAUGUGUACGAUGGUGAUAUGUAUGACAGUAAAUUACCAUGGUGGUUGGUGUCUGUUUCUUAUAAACAUAUGUAAUCCAUUUUUAAAGAAGAAAAGGUGUUUUCAUACUUGGGAUUGGGGUUUUAUUUUCAUUUAAACUGUAUAGGACUUGGUAGAUCAACCUGUCAGGAGUUACGAGGGUUGGUCCUUGGAAGUUUCCCUAGGAGGUCUUUGGUUUAGUUUCAAGCCAUGCUGCUGAUUUAGCUGACAGUGGUCCUGUUCUGUUUGUGUAUAACCACUCUCUAGAAACCAGAUCAAAAGCUUGCCAGAGAAAAAAUUGUGGAAAUGCUGGAAAUGAUUUUGAUGACCUCUUCCUUUUUCCUUUGUAAAGCUGUAAAUACUUUAUUUUUGUUUUCUAUUCUUAAUGCGGUGUCAUAUUGACACUUUUUUAGACUUACAAUCAGAAAAUCCUCCUCAUUGUUUUUCAUUUUUUAAAAGGGGAUUUCAAGGAAGCAAAUUUUUUUGCUUGUUAGCAGUGUAAUAAUAGAUCAAAUUCCUAAAAUGGGUUUGUACAAAACAUGUUUUCAGUAAACAAAUGGCAGUUGCUUUUGUGGAUGCAUGUUCAAAAAUGUCCAAAGAAUGAUGUGGUACAAACACUUUUUCAAAGACUUAGUAAUUAUCAUAUUAGUUCACAGUGAAAAAACAAAAUUGUUUAAAAAAAAAAAAAAAGUGGGGGGAAAUGUAAUGAAACUCAUUAAGCUAAAUGUGUAAUCUAUUUAUAAAAAACCACAGUAUAUAUUCUAUUUUUAUUAGAGGUUUUUAAAAUGCAGACAGAAUUCUGUUAGCAAAUGCAGAUAUUCCCUUGUAAAUUAUCUUCUGCUCUGAUGGGACUCCAAAUUCUCCAGCAGUUGCAAGUGACAACACGGGAACAACCUAACAGGUCUGGCUGUGAAGCACUCGCCCUUCGCUUCCUCGCAGCAAGAGAGGGGGGAAAGCAAAACAGGCUAACAGCUUUUCUGUGACUGCAGAAUUGUUGUUUUUUCCCCUGUUUUGUUUUGGUUUUUUUCUUCCCCUGAUUGUAAGGCAUCCUGCUGCAGAGGGUAAGGCCCUCAGUUUGCUCCCCUAAAUACCAGGGGUGAUUGCAGCACCGGAAUGUUAAAAUCUGCCCCAGAGUGGGUUUUGUGUUCUACCUGGUUGGAAGAUAAAUUCUGUUUGUCUACACCGGUAUAAAUUGGAUUUAACUUGAUGAAACAAUAGAUCAGAAUUGUGCCUGAAUAUCUAAAGCUGCUUCUAAUACAAAAUUUUUUUCUUUUUUUUUUUUUUUUUUUCUUGCAAAACCAUUCCUGCCAGCAAAAAUACAACUUUGGUCAUUGGCCCAAGGUUGGCUGAGGAAAAGCCACGCGAUCGGUGGGUGCUCGCAGCCUUGCCACAGCGCUGCGGUCUUUGUAAAGCAGCUAUUUCCUUUUGUUUCCCUUGGCUGUGGAAAAACGUGGAAGAACAUUUGUGUUGGAGCGUGCGAGGAGAAGAAUUGCAGUACUGGGAAGUCUCUGAUUGUGUUUCACGUUUGAGAGUAGUUCAUUUUAGAGCUGAAUGUUUAAAGCAUGAUUUAUCACAGCAAAAUUAAGAAGUUAUAGUGCUUCCAUGGUGUAAUAAUAUCCUGAUGAGGAUUUUCCACAUUUUGCUUCAGGGCUUCUGUUUUUUUAUUCUUUUGCACUGGUCCAGGACUUGGUUGCAGGGGAACACGCAGGUUUUAAAAAUCUUUGCCUUCAGUGUUAAGUCACCGAAAUGCUUGAUUUUAAGCUUUUAGUAGAAUGUAACUUCUGUCAGUUUGAGUUUUAAAUGAGAAAAGAAAUUGCCAAUCAAGGCAAUACGUAGUAUCCUGGUGUUAAUAAUGCUGGUUUUAGAGGUGAACUUGGAAACACUACCUGCCAAAUUCUUAAUUCAGUCCCUUGCCAACCUGUUUCUGGAGAGGGGAGCACUGAAGGCUUGAACACAAGUCUUUGGCAGAGUAGUGAAGAAACACUUGAUUAUUUCUUUUUGUCUGUUUUUAUGUGUAGUUCAGUGUCUGGAGACCCUUCCGCAUUUGCGGGAGCCUUUCAAAGCUUCUCUUUUGAAGAAGCAACAAAUUGUGUUUAAGAAGUGGGUAUUGGAUGCUUGUAGAAAUGACAAUUCCCUCCUAAUUUCAGGCACUCCAACAGUGAAGCACCUCUGUAAGCAGAGGAGGUGCUCGCAGGUCUGGCUGGCUCUGUCUUGGGAGGAAAUACUGAUGUUAAUAAUAUAUAAAACAAAUCCUGGGGUGGCUUUAAACCUGCAUCACUUCCAUGGCAAAACACCCCAGUGUGCCACAAACCCAAUGCCCAUGGCUCGUGGCCUGCCCAAACUGCACAGAUUUCAUCUGAAAUCCUAAAAUUUCUUUUUUUAUUAGAAAGGAUUGAGGAUGAUUAAGAGCUUGGUCACUAGACACACUUCUUGUGUAACGUGGUUUCACCAAGAGACAUGCAGUUCUGUCCUUCAAACACCUUACUUGCGGCUAAAGUGUACGUAGCUGAGUUCUGCCAAAAAUGAUUAUUUAUUAUUUAAUGUCUUUAAGUGGAGGGUAUCGAUGACUCUUUCCCCAUGCUGUGUCACUUCUUGUCAGUUCCUCUUAGGUCAUGUAAGAAUUUCUUUUAUACACAUUAAAACAGACUACUGAUCAGUGUGGAAAUGAACCUGUUUACCGUACUGUUGUAAAUAUUGUGCUUUAUAUUCUGUAUAUUAGCUUCUUUUCAAGAAAAAAGACUGAACUGAUGAUGCUAUUUGAUCUCUGGUGGGGAAAGGACGAAGGAUGAACCAGCUCCCAAGCCUGCUCCAGAGUUGAGAUGUAAAUAGAUUCCUCUGGGGCUGGAAGUCCUGGGGAUUUGUGGGCAGCCCCCGUUGUACAUGCACUUACCGGCGGUGGAUUUUGGACCCUCAAAGGCUUCAGCAAUCUAACCCGCACGGAGAAACGCCCGCGGCGAGAGCCAGGAGCAUUCCUGCCCCUCUGAGUUCCACCGGCUUCUCUCCAUUUCUCUUUUUUAGUGCCAAAACCAGCCCCAUGGCUCUGCUCUCCUAGCCCAUGUCCGUCUGUCCAGGGCCGUGCUGCCUCUCCCAAGCUGUUCAUCCUUCAGCACUUGACCCCUCGCUCGAUACCCCCGGGCUUCUCCCCGCAGUGGGGGUGUGCGGGAGCUUGGUGAUGAAAACGGGUUAUGGUCAUUCUCUGGUUACAAGGAAAAAAAAAAAAAAAAAAAAACACUACAAAAUAAAUACCAGACUCCUGGUUAA